AUACGGCUAAAAAAAGAGUAUAACGAUAAUUGAAGAAAUUUUAACAUCACUGCAACUAAAGCGCGUUUACUUAUAUAGGACAUAGGUUAUCAACUUUGUCAUAUCAUUAUUCCCUUCUAUAGAAUCAUUUACAAAAAGAAUCAAAAUGUUAAAUUGUACUUUAAAUCAGCGGGAAAUUCGAUAUCGAAAUUUAAAUAAUUUCACAAAAGAAGUUCAUAAAGAAAUCACAGAGCUUACUUCUGCCUUAGGUUGGACAAUGGAAAGUAUAGAAAUCGAUAAUGAUAACCAUCUGAUAUGUCCAUACGAUUCAUCACAUCGCAUUGGAAAAGAAAACUUAGAUCAACAUUUAGAGCUUUGUCAAUGGAAAGAAGAUGGUUACAGUGAAUUCGAUGUGCCAUUGUCUGAACCAAACUUAUCUUUAUGCUCUCCUUUUUCCAUAAAAUUGGAUGUAUAUUUACAAAAUAAUAUUCUACAAGAAGCAAAAAGAAAAGAUCCAACCAUAAGAAUCGGUUUGGGUGAACGGUUAAUUCCACGAACAUGUGAUAGAAUCUUCGCAGAUUUUACUCCUGAUGAAAGGAAAAUACUACACAAGUAUAUUGUUUCGCAUACUAGUAAUAUGAAUGAUGGACAUAAUUUUGCUGAUACGGGUAAACUACAAUGUCAGGACAAGGAAGAUAAAAAAUUAUCGUUCUUAGAGUUACUCGUGCAAGAACGUAAUUUAAAAAGACGCAGAGCCAAACAUAGAGGCGUUCAUACAAAUAAAAAAUCUCACACAGAAAUUCUUAGAGAGAUUAUAAAUCAAGAAAUGGAGUUAUACAUUGAUCAUAUAUCAGGCACGCGUCAAACUGAUCAUGAUGCAAAAGUCGUGGAUCUUCUGGAAGCUCAAACUUCAAAAAAACGUCUAGAUAAUGUAAUGCAAAACACGUCUUCGGCGUUUAACGAUUGUAAUCUCUUUCUCAGAGAGUCGAAAGAUUAUCACGGAAGCAGUAGUUUCCGAAAGGAUCGUAUCGAAACAACGCAUGCAUCUUCGUUAAAGAACCAAGAGUCACGAGAUAAGAAUUCGCAAACUACAACGGAACCCUGGAAAGUGCGAAAGGAGCGCAAACAUAAAAGAUCUCAUUCCAGAGAACGAGAUUAUAACAAAAAAAGGAAGCAACAUUACCACCGUGAGGCCUGUAUGAGUACAGAAGCGCAAUAUGAUGAAACUGAAAAAUUUUAUCGUUGA